UUAGAGGGCGACGUGUCGAUAAAAAUGGCAAAUGGUGGAUAAUACACAGGACUGUUUAUGUCAAAAUAAAAUAUUCCAUUACUCACUGUAUUAAUCAUAAUUAAUGUGUCAUUCGUAAUAAUCAAGGGGAUUGAAAUUUCUUCAAAUAAAACGAAUUUUUAGCUUGGAAUUGGCGGAUAAUUGCUUGAAAUUUAACCUAUUUAAGUGAAUAUAUUACGUAAAGAAAUAUAUUAUUCGGAGAAAUAUUUCUCUUAUUAUUUGAAGGAUUGAAUAGUUGAAAUCUGGUAUUAUUGACAUAAGAAGCUCCAGAAUGUCUACGUCGAUGUUGUCUAGUGCCAAAUUACAAGAUGACAUGAAUAGCAUUCCACUUGCUGAUGACGAUCCUCAAGUAAUUAUUCCAGAGGAAGAAAUUGAGAAUUCGAAUAGAUCAAAUGUCUUGAAUCAUGGUCGUAGUAUGGAUUCUAUUCCAUCGACAUUUACAAAUGGGAGCUGUAGUCCAAGUAGCUUAGAUCCUGAUAUUAGUCCAGAUGAACAGGAGGAGAAAACAAGACUAAUAUCACAAGUUCUCGAACUUCAGAAUACAUUAGACGACUUGUCACAAAGGGUGGACAGCGUAAAGGAGGAGAAUUUAAAAUUGAGAAGCGAAAAUCAAGUACUUGGACAGUAUAUAGAAAAUCUCAUGUCGGCUUCUAGUGUUUUCCAAUCAACAAGUCCUAAGACUAAAAAAAAGUAAGAGUCAUUCUUCUUUAAAAAAAAAAAAAAUCUUUUAUAGAUAAAAAUGGGAUGAGAGCCGAUGUUAUUACCACGUGUGCAUUCUAUUCCAUUUCAAAAUAUGUGCAAGCUGGCAUCUCAAAAUGGGACUUGAUCAAAACGCAAUUUCCUAAAUAAUGCCAAAGAUGCUUUUGAUAUUUAUUUUAAAUUAGUAUAAUUUCAAACGCGAUUGUUAAUUAUCGACUAAGAAGUAUUUAUUUUUGUUUCUCGUUUUAUUUAUGCUGCGUGUACGAUAAAUUUUCUUUUUAACUGAUGCUCGAGAACAAAUUCAAU